GUUCUCGUUUGUCUCCACUCCUCUACACGACUAAACAUGAGGGUUCUGUUGGCCUGUGCUGGAUUGGUGCUGCUGCUGGGCGUGUGCUGCGGGGAGCCCGACCUGUCCUAUUCCUCCUCCAGCAGCGGUAACGAAAGAAACGGUCACGGAGGAAACGGAGGCAGACAUGGAGGCAACGGAGGAAACGGAGGCAGAUAUGGAGGCAAUGGAGGAAGCAACGGCUUUGGCAGCAACGGCCGCAACGGAGGCAACGGCCGCUACGGCGGUACCAACGGCGGGUUCAACAGUGGUUCCAACGGCGGCUUCAACGGUGACUCCAAUGGAGGUUAUGGUUCCAAUGGGGGUUCCAACGGCGGACAUGGCGGUUCUAACGGAGGGUUCAAUGGUGGAUCCAACGGAAGAUACGGUAAUUCCAACGGCGGCCUCAAUGGUGGCUCCAGUGGUGGUUAUGGUUCCAACGGCGGAAAUGGAGGUUCCAACGGAGGUUUCAACGGCGGUCACGGCGGUUCCAACGGCGGCUCCAACGGCCGUCCCAUCACCUACGGCAAGUGAACUAAAGGACCCUAGAUGACAAACACACGACAGGAAGAUGAAAGGGAAAAACUAUUUUGAACCUAAUCUCUCUCUCUCUCUCUCUCUCUCUCUCUCUCUCUCUCUCUCUCUCUCUCUCUCUCUCUCUCUCUCUCUCUCUCUCUUCAUAUAUGUUUGUCUGUGUGUUUACGCCUCUGAGUGUGUACCAAGGUCAGCUGUGUAAACAUUUUUGAUGUGAAGAUGAGUCAAUAUUAAAACGAUAAACAAAAACG